GCAAGGCCGCCUGAGCGUGAGUUGCUAUUCGUUGUUUGAAUUAGAUCGUUCGGUUGUGAAUAUUGAAAAUACCAUGGAGAACUUGAACUCAAAUUUCGAAAAACCAGAGUUCGACUGGGACGCUAUCAACGUCGGCGACUACCAGUUGGAUCACUCCCAAAACUUUUUUGCGGCCAACAAGGAGAACCUUAAACGACUCAGCAAUGCUAACCGCAGCAUGUCCUGCCCAACACCGCAGAAAUUCUGUCGGGAACAAGACGAUUGCGAAUCCAAGGACUUGGUGCCACUUAAAGAACUGAAGAAAGAGCAUCCAAACCAAUUUAAAGAGCAAGCAGAAGAUGGUUCCCAAGAGCCCAAAAUGGAGUCUGAUGAGCCAAAGCCAAAGAUCCGAGAGAAUUCUGGCGAAAAACAUCAAAUCGACACCAAACAGAAUAUCCCCCUUAGUUGGGAUGAGGAUGAGAAAUACAUGACGGAGGCUGACCAGCACAUGGUGCACGACGGACCUCCUCCGCCCGCGGUCCGUGCCAAUCUUCGCCUGCAGUGGUCUCCACCGCGCCACCAACACCCUGCGGCCGCUGGCGUCAUGGCAGAAGUCGGUACCAUUGCCGCCCCCAAGGCCUAUCAGUUCAAGGACGUGUACGAAAGCAAGCGACAGCAGGCGUUGCGCAAGCGAUCCGAGGAGGAAAGCAAGGCGCGCCAGUUCCACAGCAGACCCAUGCCCAAUUUUAGGGCGAUGCACAAACGCAUGGCCGAGCUGGCCGUCAUCCACACGAUCACCGUUCCAAUCACCCCCGAAACACUCAAGCAUUCGCAAACAAGGAAGGCGUUGCGUUGCCAGGACGACCAGGAGCCAGGGCAUCUUGCUGACACCCGAUCGAAGCCCUUCAACUUGCGCUGUGGGCAGCGAGUGCGCGACCGCCGCGAAUUUGAUGCCGCUGUUCAAGCCGGCCUGGAACAGAAGAAGAAGGAGCACGACGAACAACGGAAGAGAUGCGAGCAGGAGGAGAUUAAGGAGAUACGCAAGAUGACGUUAUUCAAGGCGCGUCCGAAUCCAUUUAAAUAGUGCUUGAUGGAGCAGACGACUACCAAACAUUUGAUUACUUUGUCCAAAUUUGAAUGAUGUCAAGUCGCCGCUACACAAAUAUGAUUAUAUCAGUACAUAGUUUAACCUGAUUUAUACCAUUUUUGUCUAACAUUAUUUUUACGUGUUCGUUUACACACCUUUGUUUCCUAUUUUUGGCGGAUGAGAAACGAAACCACUAAAAUUGUACGUUUGGCGGGAGAAUUAAACUAUAUGUAUAUGAAUACAAUAUGAGCAAUUCGCAAUUGCGAUUAUUAACUGUUUUCUAUUUGUACAAAGUCGAAAAAAACAAUAAAUUAAUACUGUAAAUUGAAA